AUGCCUUCGCACAUGAACUGUUGUUUCAACAAAUGUACAAAUUCCAGUAGGAGCACCCAGAACCUGUCGUUUCACAAGUUCCCGACCAACGAGAGCCUGUGAGUACCGACUAACAAUAUAAACAUCCGUGGCCGCGAUGUCUCGGCGACGUCAACGUCAACGUUCCGUGUGUUGGUCUUAACAUUUAUUUCUUAUCGUCAUUGUCUAUAUAAUUCACAGAUGUAAACAAUGGGUUGAACUGUGUCAAAACGACAAAGUCAUCCAGAAAUUUAAAAACCACGGUUCUAGCCAAGUUUCCAAGAGUUUUAGAAUAUGUUCCGAACAUUUUAAAAGGGAUGAUUAUGUAUUAUGGACAUCAAAAAAAAAGUGAGUAAUGCUACCAUAUUAGUCGAUUAAUUUGGUGUACUAUAUUUGCAUUGUUUUUCAGAGUGUUACAUAAAGGAUCAAUUCCGACCGGACAGUUGAUAAGUCCAAAAACAACACAUACGAAUAUUGCUACUUGGAGUGAAAUGCGUACGUUGAUUGUUAUCAUUAACAAAUUGAUAGUUAAACAGUUUGUACUUGAUUUAAUUUUUUUAUUUUAGUUACUGAGGAAGAAGAUCCAGUCGCCAAUAACACGGGCUGGAGUCCACGUACGACUCAAACCUUCGAUUUAAAUGGCCCUGGUAGGUUAAAUCGGUGGACUUUCACUUCUAUGUCCUAAUUAAUUAACAGUUAUGUAUUUUCUAGUACCUGAUCAGGGUAAGUGA